UAUGGCAAGAGAUUAUUUAUAAAGACAAAACUCACUUAUAAGAGGAACAAGUUUUAUUUCCUAAAAUGAUGAGCCUUAUAGGCCUCCGUAAUUAUAAAAAUUUACGUACAGGAUAAUAUCAUAAUUAGAUCUAAUUUAGAUGAGAUUGGUAAUGAAUAUGAUUACAGACCAAUACCUUUUAGUAGAUAAACUUCCAAUUUCUUCUUGUAUGAUCCUCUAACUCCCUUAGGACCAAGAAGAUCAAUUACUCAACAAAAUAAUCCUCUUCCGCUAUUAUCAUUAUAAUCUCAAAAAUCAUAGAUAAUUGAUACAAAAUAAAAAUAAGAAUAGAGACCAAAAGAUUUAGAAUAAAUGUCUUAGGAAGAAUCAGAUAUAGAAGAAGAUAGAGUAAAAUAAAAAAUAAAAAAAUAAUAAUAAUAAAAAGACAUCAAAAGUAGAGAGAUACAAAAAAAAAUAAAGAAAAGAAAUAGUGAAUUAGAAUAAUAACCUUGUUUUUGUAGAAAUAGUGGUUGUUUAAAAAGAUAUUGUAGAUGUUUUCAUAGUGGAAGAAUGUGUUUAAAGGAUUGUUAAUGUGUUGAAGGUUGUUUGAAUAAUAAUGAUCAUUUAGAAGAACGUAAUAAUGCAAUAAAACAUGUUAAUGAGAAAUGUCAUAGAAAUAAGAAUGUUCCAAAGGAUGCCUUAUUUAAACUAAAAGAUUGUUUUGGUUGUAAUUGUAAAAAGACUAGAUGUUAAACAGGUUAUUGUGAAUGUUUUUUGAGAAAAUCAAAAUGUACAAUGGAUUGUUAAUGUGAAAAUUGUGAAAAUGGUUUAGAUGAGGCAUAUUUGGAGAGUCAAUAGAAAAGAAAGAAUUAUAGAGCUAAAAAAAAAUGAG